AUGCAGGUGGACUUCAUCGAUGAGUUCUGGUCGCAUAGCUGGCACAGCAUUGUGUUCCUCAAGGUGUGGCUGCUCCUCAUGCUGAAGAAUGGACGCGCUGCUUGUGUGGGCGGUACACUUGUCGCCACACUCGUGGCAUACCUUUCCUACGCGGAUGUUCUCCCGGGAUG